CGCGUUUACAUCUUACUCUUCGCGACUUCUUAAAUUGCCAGAGUCUGGGCUGGAGCUAGCUCCUGCUGGGCUGUUGUGCUGCGGCUUGGCUUUAUCCAUCUAUCCAUUUAUUUAUUUAUUUUUUAAAAGCCCGAGGUUCUCUGGAGGAGGGCGGCAGCUCUCAGCCAAGUUUUCGACUCACGGGUUCAAGAUGAACAAAGUGUGCGCUAUUUUUGGAGGUUCCCGGGGUAUUGGCAGGGCAGUAGCCCAGUUAAUGGCCCAGAAAGGCUACCGACUGGCGAUCAUCGCCAGAAAUCUGGAAGUGGCCAAAGCCGCCGCAGGUGACCUCGGCGGAAAUCAUUUAGCAUUUAGCUGUGAUGUUGCUAAAGAACAUGAUGUUCAAAAUACAUUUGAAGAGAUGGAGAAACAUUUAGGUCAAGUAAAUUUUUUGGUAAAUGCAGCUGGUAUUAACAGGGAUAGUCUUUUAGUAAGAACAAAAACCGAAGAUAUGAUAUCUCAACUUAAUACUAAUCUCUUGGGUUCUAUGCUGACUUGUAAAGCUGCCAUGAGGACUAUGAUUCAACAACAGGGAGGGUCUAUUGUUAAUGUAGGAAGUAUUAUCGGUUUAAAAGGCAAUUCUGGCCAGUCUGUGUAUAGUGCCAGUAAAGGAGGAUUGGUUGGAUUUUCACGUGCACUUGCUAAAGAGGUAGCACGAAAGAAAAUUAGAGUGAAUGUAGUUGCACCAGGAUUUGUUCAUACAGAUAUGACGAAAGACUUGAAAGAAGAACAGUUAAAGAAAAGCAUUCCUCUUGGAAGGUUUGGAGAAACCAUUGAGGUGGCACAUGCAAUUGUGUUUCUUUUAGAAUCACCAUAUAUUACAGGACAUGUUCUAGUAGUGGAUGGAGGGUUACAACUUGUGGUAUAAUUUAGAGAUUGUUCAGUUAUAAUGGUGAUUAGAAUCAAGUCACACGUUAGCUAUUGAUAAGACAAUCAUACUACCUGGUGACACUUGCUAAUCAAACUUACUGAUACUACCAAUGUUGAUUUCCUUCUUUAUAUAAAUGUUUGAAAAGAA